AUGUCUCUCGCUCGUGCCAUGACAAGGCGCAUCAAGCGGACAGAAGAGCCGAAGGACUCCACGGUGUCGCCGACUCGCAGCCAGAGUGUCAAAAUGGCCAACAACAACUUUGACCGUUCCAAGAUCUCUCUUCCUAUCGCCCUGGUGUCGACUACCAACAUGCUUUCGUACAAUGCGCCCGACAUCUCGACCCUCAGGAAUGUCUCCUCUUCAACUUCCCUCAGCCACUCCUCGGCGGACGACUCGGACCACAGUGUGUCAACACGCUCCCGGGCCUCUUCGCAUGGUUCAAGAGACACCACCCUAACUGAUGCCUCUUCUGUGGCGUCUUCACCCAUCUCGCCCGCGCCCAACCACCUUUCCGGCUACUUUUCAUCCUCUGGCAAGCAACUGAAGAAGUCCGCCUCAACUACGAGUCUCAAGCAAGUCAAGGAGGAGACUGUAGAGGCAGUGCCUGCUAUUCCCCAGAGGGCUCUCUCGCACAGCAAAAAGGCACAUGAGCGUUUGGCGCACAAGCGAUCGCUUCAGAAUGUCAGCACUCGUGGCAGCAUGAACUCGCGUGGAAGCGUCGGUUCUGCACGCCACUCGCGCGAACAGCGAUCAUCGCUCGACAUGUUCAAGGGCACGAUUGAAGAGGAGGACCACCCCUUUGGCCGUGAACUCGAGCAACUGAACGAAGUCGUCGAGGAGUUUGGCGGCGUAGUACGAGAUGCAGAGACCGAAGCGGACAUUUCCAUCAUGCGCUCGAAAAACCUCGCCGCUUUCUGCGCUGCCGACUACCUCUCAGAGAUCCGCCCACUAUUCAGCCAUCGAUUCGCCAUCAAACACCAACCCGCACCCAUGGCCUGGAUUUGA